CUUGUUGAGAGAUGACAUAUGUAGCGCUAUGUUGACAAAUGCGGUGUUUGGCCAUUGAACCUCUCGGAUAAUUCAGGGGGAGAUGUUCCGCCGCGUGCUGGGGAAGACCUUGGGAUUUGUGGGCUACACCAUCCAGUAUGGCUGCAUUGCACACUGCGCUUUCGAGUACAUUGGAGAGAUUGUGGUGUGCUCUGGACCAUCAAUGGAGCCCACCAUCGUCAACAAAGAUGUUGUUUUCUCAGAGCGAAUGACCCGGCAUCUUUGUAAAAUACAAAAGGGUGAUAUUGUGAUUGCAAAAAGCCUAUUUGACCCCAAUAUGAAUGUAUGUAAAAGGGUCAUUGGAUUGGAAGGUGACAAAGUCUACAUGAGUGGUCCCUCAAACCUAUUCAAGACUCAGACAUAUGUGCCAAAAGGCCAUGUAUGGCUAGAAGGUGAUAACCUUGGAAAUUCUACUGACUCAAGGAGCUACGGGCCGGUUCCUUAUGCCCUCAUCCGAGGACGUGUUUGCUUGAAGACGGUCAGAUUGAAGCAGACAGUGUGUCCGACAGACACGACUAUGCAUUUGGUAUGCACACACGUGUACGGGGGAGAGGGCAGUGUUUUUCACCUCGAGAAGCCCGUCUGUCUCUUUCACAUUCCAUUAGUUCCUGGACCUACAUCAGAGGGCAGAGGGAGUGCGCAGGCAUUCCUGCAAGACGCAGAUGCCAGGAUCAAAAGUCAGACUGGCUCCUGUACGCAGCGGGGGAGGAAGACGCAGAAGUCCGAGUGUGAGCUGAUGUGGCGAGGCCCUCCCCCCUGCUGUUCCUGACGACGCCUGCUGGGAAAUUGCCCGGCGCCCUCUCCUGUAGCUUGCUGUUUCGUUGUAAUAAGCUGGUAAGGCACUGUGUGCCUCCACACACAUGCGCACGCACACACACAAACACACACGCACACCUCUGUGUGCAUUAAUUACACACACAGCUGUACGGCCCACGCCUUGCUUUCCGGGUCACUCGAGGCCUCAAAUCCAGCAAAAGGGCUAACAGAAGACACAACAACACAUAAUGAGGGUCCUCUUCAGUAAAACCUUCUUUUCACUGUCCAUCCAUCCAUCACUCACCCGCCUCUUCUACAACUGCCGUGACAUGUGCCAGAGUCUGCCUGGGGUUCCCUGAGUGACGUGUUCAAAGCCUUGGGGCGCCCACCGGGGCGCCACCACUGGGAAAGUGGAUGUUGAUGGAGAGUUUGGAGGGUGGGCCGCCCCUGUUGGUGUGGCAUGUCACCUUCGCAGCGACGCUGUCACCAACAAAUGGAGCUGUGAGUGGAACCCUGGGAAGUGGAACCUGCUGAGGUACUGUCUGAAUCAGCUUGCGGCCAGCGGCCGACUGCAGCGUCUGUUUGAUCAACAUCAGUGUGGGUGUUGGUGGUGGUGGGGGGGGUUUGUCCACAAUCGGGGAACUUACAAAUUGACCAUCCAUUGUUGACACAUAAUGGACAUUUACUGUAAGUGGUUUAACAACAUAACAUUUCCAACGAAAUGCUGCAAAAUCAUGACAGAAAAAAAUAUAUAAGGAAAAACACUGAAACUGUAUUCAAUUUAAAAUACAGUCAUAUUUUGGGAUGCAUCCGGGAUAAAAUCCAAAUAUCCACUAGCCAUUAAAAAAAUAUCUGUCAAGCCACACGGUUCCCAGAAUGCAUUGCAACAUGCACUUUUGAAUUAUUGCCGUUCAGGUGUGAUUGUGUAAUCAACAGUUUAUUGAAAAUGUGCCUUACAUUAAUGGUUGAUUCAUUUUUUUUAAACCCUGACUUUAGGUAACGUGGGGAUUUAGUGAUGUCCCUGUAAAGCCCAAGAGGGUAAUUAGUGCUAUUAUCAAGAUUCCAGAAUUCCUGAAAAGAAACUGAAUCUUUGAGCAAUUGCAGAAGGAGCUGGAAGAGCUGGUUGCCUGGAUGUGAGGGGGUCCGAGAGGAUCCUGCCUGCUCUGGACCUGGUUCGCAUUGCGUGCAAGUUCUCGAUAAACCCAUAUGAUGGAUACAUCUUGGUCCAACCGGUCAACCGAUGACACCGUCUCCACCGCCCUCCACACUGCACUCACACACCUGGAUUCUAAAGACUCAACAACUGAUCUACAAAUUGGACCAGCUGGGGCUCAACAAUCCAAUGUGCAACUGGGUGCUGGAUUUUGUGACAGGGAGACCACAUGCAGUACAGUUUGGCAGCAACAUAUGACGCACCACCACUCUGAACACGUUGGGGGGCCUUCAAAGCUGUGUGUUGAGUCCCCUCCUCUUCACACUGCUGACCUAUGACUGCACAAUGACAUUCAGCAAUCUCUUCAUCAAGUUUGUAGAGAAAACAACUAUGGUGGGCCUCAUCAGCAACGGGGAUGAGAACAACAACAAGAGUGAGGCGGACAAUCUCUGCCUAAAUGUAGGGGGGAAAAGAUUGUGUACUUCAGGAGAGCGCCUUCUCAUCAUGCUCCCCAGAACAUCAACGGCGCUCUGGUGGCGCAAGCUGAGAAGAGCCACAGGCCCUACCCCCAUCAUGUUUUCCUUCGACAGAGGGACCAUAGAAAGCAUCUGACUAACUGCCUGCACCGCAUCCUGCUGCAAGACUCUCCAUCGCAAAGUGAGUGCAGCCGAGAAGAUCAUUGGAACUUCUCCUGGCUCCCUGCAGGACAUUUACUGCACCAGCCCUCACCAGCAAACCCUCCGCACAAUGGAGGGUGCCACCUAUCAAUCGCACAGCCUCUUCAGUCUGCUACCAUCAGGGAGGAGACUGCAGAGUCCGCGGGCCAGGACUAACCAACUCAAAGAUAAUUUUAUUCAUCAGGCUGUCAAGAUUCUGAACUCCGCCUGCUCUGCUUCCUCAACCGCUUCUGUCUUCUUCCUGCCUGGAGUCUGAACUCUGACACCCCGCAAACAUGCAUGGACACACACCAGAUUCAGGGUCGCACCAGCCACUUUGGCCGCAUUGGGAUUUUGUAUUCAAUUAAUACAUUUUAUACUGUGUAUACCAUAGUUUUAUCUUUUUACUUUGUAUAUUGAUGUUACUAUUUGUACUUCUGUAGCACUGCGGGGCCCUGGAGUACUGUAAUUUCAACCCUCUGUAUGUGCUACACAGAGAAGAAUUGACAAUAAAAGGACUUUG